CAGACUGGAAGGGGGGUGAAAGUGUCUGGAGUGGAAGGAGUGGAAGUGUCCAGACUGGAAGGGGGGGAAGUGUCCGGCCUGGAAGGGGGGGGAAAGUGUCCGGACUGGAAGGGGGUGAAAGUGUCCGGACUGGAAGGGAGGAAAGUGUCCAGACUGGAAGAGGGUGAAAGUGUCCGGCCUGGAAGGGGGGGAAAGUGUUCGGACUGGAAGGGGGGAAAGUGUCCGGACUGGAAGGGGGUGAAAAGUGUCCGGACUGGAAAGGGGGCGCUUAGAUAAAUCUGUGAAAAGCUGUAAAGAGGAGAAUGGCGCAGGCACAGACAUGUGGGGGGAUUUAGGUGUCACAUAGGAGGUUUGGGAAGGU